AUGGCGCUAACCCGAUCACCAAGUAUCGAAUCUUUACCAGAGAAUAUUGUAGUUGAAAUUUUUCAUUAUUUGAGUACCAAGGAUCUUUGUCGCAUAGCAAGAGUCUGUUCCCAAUGGAGAAGGAUUGCGAAUGACAAAACCUUAUGGAAACAUGUUGAUCUUUCUGAUUACAAGAUCAAUUUACCAAAUAUGUGGAAAUUGAUGAGAGCACACUUUUCAGAAGCUGUUCUAACUGUUAAAAUGAGAGGGUUUUUGGAUUCAGGGCCAAAGAAGAAGAAACCAUCUUUUUCAGAAGCAGCUUUAAAAGACAUGCGAGAAAGAUGUCCAAAUGUGAGAGAACUUCAUAUCAUUUUGUCCAACUUAGAAGAUGUCAACUUAAAAAGAAGUCCAUUGCCUUCAAGUUUAACACUAUUAAAUCUAAGCAAAUGUAUUUUCCCAGCAGAAUGGUAUCCAGAGAUAGUGUCACAACUGCCAAAAUUGACUCAUCUGAUUUUGCAAGGAUGUAAAGUCAACAACACUCAUUUAAAAGAAAUCUGCAAAGCAAAAACUUUAAAAUCAUUAGAUCUGCAUGGAUGUUAUAGAAUAAAUGAUGAUGGUAUAAAUACUGUUGCCAAGAGUCUUCCCAAUUUGGAAGAAUUAAUUAUAACAGGUUGCAUCUAUUCUGAUGAAGGCUUACACCAUGUUAGUUGUAAUUUGAAAAAAUUAAAACUCUUUAAAGGCAACUCGGAAAGUGAAAAUUUCUUACUUUUUUGUAAACAACAUUGAAAUUGUAAGUGAACUUGUAAAUAUUAUGAACAUUGAAUUUCUGAAAAGUAACAUUGUGGAAGACGGAUAAUUAUUGUAUGAAUAAAUAUUGA